AUGGCUCAAGUAGAUAGACAGGGCGAGAAAACAUCUAAAAAUAUGAGUACAAAGGUACAAAACACUCCAUUCAAAAGGCUUCGUUAUAUCUUUAAAAAAGAUCCAACUCUGCUGUUACCAGAGAUGGUCAGCAGUGAAUAUCCUGCUUGUUGGAGUACAGAGGCAGAACAACAUCAAUCGUUCUCCCAACUGACCCCUAAAUAUUGCAAUCCACCACGCCAAGUGGAUCCGGACGCCACCCCACACCACCUUAAUUAA